AAUAAAUACAUAAUCCCUGUGGAUCCCAAUAAAUACAUAAUCCCUGUGGAUCCCAAUAAAUACACAAGAUCUGUGGAUCCCAAUAAAUACACAAGAUCUGUGGAUCCCAAUAAAUACACAAGAUCUGUGGAUCCCAAUUCAUACAUAAGAUCUGUGGAUCCCAAUAAAUACAAAAAAUCUGUGGAUCCCAAUUCAUACACAAGAUCUGUAGAUCCAAAUAAAUACACAAGAUCUGUGGAUCCCAAUAAAUACACAAGAUCUGUGGAUUCCUAUAAAUACACAAGAUCUGUUGAACUGUUUCUGGUUUCAGGGAGAUUGGUUUGUUUUAGCCUUGAAUUUGAUCAUACAGUCUUGUCUAUUUGA